AUGCAAGAGCAGAGCUGUCCCGGGCGCGACGGUGGCUCCAAUACUGCUGCAGAAGUGGCAGAUGAAGAGGCAGCUGGAACGAUUCAGCCGCUCAUUAGUUCAUCUAGGUGCAGUCAGAACCCUCCGAAAUCAUGCAGUGGUUCCCCUCCAUCUGCAGAGUCGGUUCUAAACUUGUACUCAAACGCCGCAGCGGAAGGAGCCACGCACAAUUCAGACCGACAUCAGCUCCACUGCACAACCGAAGACUUGUCUACCCUCUCAGAAAGGGAAGGCGUUGGCGGAACUUCCAGCGGUGAAACUGUCUGCGUAUCUGCGGAACUAGUAGCAGCAGUUGCCUCUCCAAGGUCACACGAGCCGAGCGACUCACCACUUCCGGAAGAUGCUGAUAGGCUUCAUGCCAGCGCGCCGUUGGGAUCCAUAUCGUCCUCUGUAUUUGGCUCUGUAGAGCCGUUAGGGCUGACUGCAAUUGUUUCAGCUGUUGGAUCCUGGGUUUCUGCGGCUUUCGAUAAGCACCAAGAAGAGAAUGCUACCAUCGAGGGCGUCUCUACAGGAGCUUCUGAGCUUAGUGAAUCGACAGAGGCGUCACCAGAGAGUCGAGCAAGGCCAGUCGUGGGGGAAGAUGUAGCGACGGCCAAGAACACCGCAACACAGGUAUCAGUGCUAUCCCUAUCUCCCAAGCCUUCAGUGGAUGAACCGAUCGAGUGUCUCUCUACAUCGCAGACGAGUCUUGAAGAAUCGCCGCUGCCGGAGGACGAAGGCUUACACAGAGAGCCCACAGUCCUUCUGCAUUUGUGCGGGCAAACGGAGCCAAUUCGUUGGUCUCCAAACGACUGUUGCCCAUCACAGGGAGAUGAGUCAGAGUGCCUAUACCACAAUGGAGAUUUUAACUCUCACCAAAUAGACCCUCAUCUUCUGCGUGUGCCGGACCCCGAUGAGUUGGUUGAGGACCCCUUAGAGCUCCCUGUACGGCAGAUGUCAUUUCAUGAGAUAGCGGACAACAUUGAAAUGUGGCUACUUAGUAGCGGACAAAGAAUCCUGAAUGCCAGAGAAGAUGAUUCUGUAUCCUCCAGUGAUUCUAUUGAGGAAACACCUGGGGCACCACUUCUUGAUGUGAUGGAAACUUCGUCAAUCAACACUGAUAAAGCGCACGUGAACGAUCCAGCGUCAUAUGACGAAUUCGUUGGAGUGCAUGGGGACGUGUGUAUGCCCGAAUCACAGCCCCACGCGUCUGGCGGUGCGGACAUUUCGGAAGACACUGUCAAUUUUUCAAGGCUAGCAGGCGGCGAUGAACUAGAGACUGUGACACCGUUUCGCAGAACACUCUACACUGCCCUGCGUUUGCCUGGUGCUGAGAAUAAUGUAGCCGCUGGGAAGCGGAGUUCUGGUCUUGUACAGCAGACAGGGGACACCGCUGCGCCUGGUGGGCUCACAGAAGCAACAGAUGCAGACUUAAAAAUGGGAUCAACACAGGGACGUUGUGCACGCCACUGUCAACCAUUUGCGGAUAGAGGAACGCAGUACUUGGCGAGAGCAGAGAAAUCUGCUGUGGUGGGGGCUGGCUGUACCUCGCCGCAGGAGACUCCAACCUCAGCUGCUCGAGUGAACGUUCCAGAAGAUACGACUGGAAUGCCCUCCGAAGGACAUACAAAGCGAGAGGAAUUGCAAACUUUUGGUGAAAGCGCGAAUAGGGACCUGGGAACGGCGAUGCCGUUUCCAAACUGUGAGCUGUCUCCGGAGGAAGCUGCUGCGAAGGAAGCCGAGCUUCGUUCAUGGGGUAACAGGAUUUGGGCCUUCUUUGGAGGAGAUGCAGGGUCUGAAGCAGCUGCAGCUGGUGGCGAAGGACCAGUUGUAGGUGACCCUGUCGAGGAAACGCUCCAAUAUGAAGAUCCUGCAGUUGUCCAGCGAGACGAUCACCGGGCUUUCACCAACGAAACGUUUUUGCUUCUUGAGUCAAUUAAAAACGAUCCCAUACUGCAAGUUCUUAAUCCGCAGCAGCAAAAGUACAUCUCGUCUCUCAUGAGACGUGACGUAUUCCCUGCAUCCGCUACUGUGGCGGAGGAAGGUGCAGACCCUGCUCUGAUGUGGUGCAGCUCAGGGGAAUUCGAAGUUUCCCAAGCUGGAUUUUUUGGCAUUUCGGUGCUACGGUCUCUGGCCCCAGGAGAGUUUUUUGGUUUGGAGGAGCUAGUGUCAGGGGAGAAGCUAAAAUGCACGUUAAGAUCUCGGCAGAGCAGCAGCGAGUGCGCCUUGUGGGUGCUCGACAGGGAACUGUUUCUUGAUUUGGUUAAGGACAUGCUGACAAAGCGCAAGCUGUUCGUUCCUGUAGCUACGGCGUUUCUUCAGAAAGUUAGACUGAUAAGGGACAUGCCGGAGGAGCAGAUUGUCGCGGUGGCUAUGGCGUGUAAGGUGGAGAAGUUUUCGGAGGGUCAAACAGUUUUUAAAAUGGGGUUCCACGGCGACAUGCUAUGUUUUAUAUACAGGGGUGAGGCAAUCACCCAAAAGCCGCAGGAUGAUGGCGGGCUUCUCGAGCUCGCGAGACAGGGACGAGGCGAGUACUUCGGAGAAAUGGCACUCAUUAGAAACACUCGACGCACGGCAUCAGUGGUCGCUGGAACUGAGCUACUGCUGCUUUGCCUAGACAAGGAGUCGUUCGAAGCUCUUCUUUCUCCAGUGAAAGAGAAGAUGGCAGCAAAGGCUGCUUCUUCGUACAAAAGGCAGGAGGAUGCACCGCCGAGUGAGACAGAUGCAAAGCCUACGGAAGGAAGAACGGCGGCCGCGGUGCCGGCUACGCGAGAUGCCGGUGAGGCGUGUGUAAAGAAACGCACGCGCAAGAGUUCUCUUGCACUUCUUAAUUACUCUAAGAUAAGAGAUCAAGAAAAGCAGGCGGAAAACGGAGGUGGUGAUGCGCUUGAAGACAAAUCCACUGCCCGCUGGCGCUUGGCUCGGGAGCCUGCAUCCAUUCACGAGCCUCCCCCAUUGUCUGCUCAAGGAACACGAAGCUGUCUCAAAGGAAACAGCGACACUCAGUGUGGAGGCCGCAAGAGGAAAUCUCCCGUUAGAUUUGAUGAACGCUCCCUCUUACCUUCGGAGUCUUCAUCCGAAGAAGAUUAG